UGUGAGUUGUUUACGCGUGUUAGCGAUUAAUUACAAAACAAACUCAUACAGCACGUGUUACGUACCUCAAUUACAAUCGGGUGGCCCAAUCCGAAGCGAUCAUAGACCGAAAUUUGCUGGCGUUUAGAACCUUUGCGCCAACUGCAGUAGCGAUGUAAAAAAAGCCAGCGCAAGAAAAUAGGAAAGUAAAAGAUAACCAGUCACGCGGACCCGCGGCCCGCAUCAUUUACAUCAUCUGAAAUUAAAUAACCGAUGCAGAUUCAAUUGUAUAAAAUUAUUAUGUCAAAUGUGAUCUUGUGAAAGAAUAACAUUGUGGAGGGAUUUUAUAUUUCAGAUCUGCGAAGAAUAGCUAGCUCUCCCGGCGCUUGGGCAAUCGCCUUAUAGGUACAAUAGUGUGGAUUACCUUACAAUGGACAAUAAUUCAAUAGUUUCAAUCUGUGGCGAAUCAAUUCUCCGAGAAACUGCUGCUACCGCAGCUGCAAUGGUGAUGAAAAUCUACUUGGCAUCAUUUUUUUUUUUUUUUUUUCUUUCUUCCAUUUUAAAAGUGAGAAUUGCCAAAUUGGGUCACAUUGUUGCAAUUAUUAGUAAACAUUUUGACAUGCAUGGUGCAUGGCAUGCCCAUAUAGAUAUAGUUAUGUACGGUAUAUAAACCAAAUUGUCCGUCGAAAUUAUACUUCCUGGUUUCACCAGGUAGCUUCUUGUCUCUUGGUACGUGUCGUUACCUCGGGAAGUUUGCAUUCAUGCUCUGUUUGAGCGGGUGCUGUGAAUUCACCGAGUUUCUACAGGAUAUGGUUCCAAGAUAUUUUAAUGGGCCAAAUUGCGCUUCGGCUGGCCUACCUGAAGAAUAGUCGAGAUGCCCGCGAACGUACCGACCACACUUUUGCUGAUGAUUGCGUCGAUGGGUUUGGCGAAGGCAGCGAUAGGAAAUUGGGAAGGAUGCGGUGGUCGCUUGGAACGCGCCUUGGAUGCCCUCAGGAGAGACUCGACGAGAAGGACGCGCCUCAAAGACGAUGAUCACGUGGAGUCAGGAAUCAUCUACCAACAGAUCCUUAGAUCCGCUCCGCUGGAGAUGACGGUGUCAAGAGUCAACGUUAAGCUCCCUCAGGAUACCAGGGGACGGGGUGGUCCUUGGGCACAAGUUGAACGCUGCGUUUACGAACCGAGUAAUAAUUCAUUACAGACACGUUUAAGUUUCAACGAUCUUACGGUCUCGGGUCGGGUUUCUCUAUUGCCAUUGGAUUAUCGUGCUCCUAUCCCUGCAGAAUCCUGCAGAAUGACCCUUCGCCUUAGAAGGGCAGGGAUAGACUUUUUCACCAGCCCAAUCGCCAGAGGAAGAGGGCAGAUGCGAAUUCGCACCGAAUCAAGUUUUUUGGAACCCCGUUUUGCAUCCAUUUACGCCUUCGGAUGUAGACCUACCCGUGGUGAUAAGCAAAUCAAAAGACAGGAUAAAUGGCCACCGCUCCAAACAAUACUUAGCAAUUCACCGUUAACACUGGAUGAUGUCACCGAUGCGCCUCUGGAGAAUCAGAAUAAUUCUGACGAUUACCAGGGUGCAGAGCCCCGCGGAUUACCCUCAACCUUGACGGAGGAGGAUAUCGUCGUUGGCAAAGAAACUCGAAAGGCCAGAGAUCUUUUCGAAACUGAUUUGCGCCCUGGAAUCUGGCGCAAGAGUGAUUGGGUAACACGCUCCUCAUCCUCCUCUAGGAGGCGAAGAAAUGUUGCAGACAUCACCCCUCAAGACUUUGCUCUGGCCUUAGCAAAGAAGGCCCGCUCUCUGUUAUCGGAGAAUACAGAAUCAUCUACAAGUCUACCGAAGCUAUCUGCAGCAAAGAAUCUUCAGAAUUUCCAUGAGAAUAAAACAACCAUUACCGGAGAGAACUUGGAUCUGAAGAUCAACUACAAACGUGAGACCACUGAAGCACCAGACACCGAAGAAUCUCAGAGACCUAGGGAACUUCUGCUUGAAGAAGAUCUCGAUAAUAUCAACUUGGCAGAAGAUGACUUUGAUGGUAGAGGUUGGCAGGUCAGGGAAGGCGUCACUCGAGAAAUGGAAGAUGUCUUUUUGAAGGGGGCCAGCCAGGCCUUGACCAGCUACAUCGAGAGACAACUUCACCCUGCCAUUAAAGAGACCCUGAUGCUAUCAAUGGGAUUCACUGUCAGUUAUGGGUAGAAUCAGCAUUACUUUUGAUGUGAUGAAACUAGGGGAGUUCACUUUGAACAGACUAGGUUUUUUGGUCGGACGCUCAAAGUCUGUGAAAAUCAGCACCUUUGUGAAAUCCGUUUUAAUUAUUCGGUGUUUCACAAAUGAUUUUUUAGUCGUAGCUAUUUAUUUCAGUUGUGUACGUAGUGCGUACAUCUUGGGUAGUGCAUGCUUGGUUAUGUACAGCCUGUGUUCAGCACUUGAGUUCGCCUAUUUUAAGCAUACGGCAUGCUAACAUUAUGUACUAAAUGACUAAUCGUAAUAAAGGAUUAUUGAAAAAAAAAA